AUGCUGGACUUCAGGGAGACGCAUUGGACUGUUUGUGGGGCGUCAUUGGUCCUCUUGCACAAAGCACCAGCAGCUGCACCCACCUGGACUCUAAAAUCUUCUCACACAAUUGCGGCACUUCGAGCGCGCGCCUCGAUUGGAUCACCAAGUUUCGUGCCGGUUCCAUGGGCUUCGAGACAAGAUCGCAAAACACGCACAAAACCAGCGCACUGCAACCUUCUGCCCGGCAAUAACCGUCAGCGUUCGAAUCAAAUGCAUGGCAUCAACCACGAGCUCGCAUGCAUUCGUGACGGAGCUUCGCGCCUGCAGCGAAGUGGAAGGCGACAAGAGCAGAAGAACACGCCGCGCUCGCUAGAGAACAAAGAAUUGUCAUCAAUAAACGAACCAUACUACACACUACUGGCUCCUGUGCACCGUGUCAUUGGGAACCUCCUCGACGAAAUUCCACGCCGAGCUAUGGUAGUGCGCAGCAUAUCAGGACUACGCGAACACAACGGUAGCAAGAAGUUCAGCACAAAGCACGAACGUGGCUAUCUCAUCGAUUGUUGGGUGGUCGAAUGUAACUGGAUCAUCCGUACUGAGGAUUGCGAUACCAAAGUAUUCAGCGAGGCCUGCAUAAUUGCUCUCGGCGUUUUGGUGAAUGCAUUGCGGACUCCCUAUAGCGAUGCCAAUUGCCUCACCAAGCUGCGCAUGUGGAACGGGGAAAACAAGGCAGGAUGUGGUCGAUCCAACAAGAUCUUCUAUCAGGAGCGGGUCGAUACCAACUCCAGCGCGAAGGAUUCAUCUGUUCACUCAUGCCGAUAG